AUGGCGACCAUGGACGACAGGAAGUCAUUCGACAAAGGACUUGACGAGGAGCGCAUGGAGGAGGCUGUCGCUGUCAACACGUCAGCCGCUUCGAAAAUCGCUCAACAGCACGCCGACCUCUAUGCUGAAGCACUUGCCAAGUACGGAGUGGACGGCGACAUCGACCCUGCGGCAGAAAAGCGCGUGAAGCGUAAGCUUGACCGUCGCAUUCUCCCCGCUCUUGGAAUCUGCUAUUUCUUCUACUAUGUAGACAAGACCACGUUGUCGUACGCGGCAAUUUUCGGCAUCAAGGAUGAUUUGAAGCUCGUCGGCACCGACUACUCGUGGCUCUCGUCCAUCUUCUACUUCGGUUGGCUCGCCUGGGCGAUCCCUUCCAACCUCAUCAUGCAGCGUUGCCCGCCCGCCUACUAUCUGGCCUUCAACAUCUUCAUGUGGGGAGCUCUUCUCAUGUGCCAGACAGCUGUCAAGAACUUUGCUUCGCUCGCUGCGCUUCGUGUUCUGAGCGGCGCAUUCGAGGCAAUCGCCGACCCCGCAUUCAUGCUCAUCACGAGUAUGUACUACACAAGGGCCGAGCAGCCAUCGCGUAUCUCGGCCUGGUAUGUCUGGAACGGCGUCGGUGUUGCCGGCGGCGGUUUAAUUGGUUACGGUAUUGGCAACAUCAAGGGCUCCAUGGCAAGCUGGAGGUACGAAUUCCUCAUUGUCGGCGCAUUCUGUUCCGCCUGGGCACUUGUUCUCGGCUAUGUUCUUCCCAACUCGCCAGCCACUUUCCGCGGAUUCACUCAUGAGGAGAAACUCAUCAUGAUUGCUCGCAUGGCCAAGAACCAGACGGGUAUUGAGCAGCGCAAGAUCCGUUGGGACCAGAUCAGGGAGGCGUUCACCGACUACAAGACCUACCUGUUCACCCUCCUCGGAUUCAUCGCCAACAUUCCCAACGGUGGACUGAGCAACUUCAGUACCCUCGUCAUCAAGGGACUCGGAUUCGACACCCUCAAGACCGCGCUUCUCGGUAUCCCGCAGGGUGCCUUCGUCGUCAUUUGGAUCACUGCUGGCGCUCUUCUGAACGACAGGCUCCCGAAGAACAGUCGUACCCUCGUCUGCGCGCUCUUUAUGCUCCCUACCAUCGCCGGCGCCCUUGGAUUCCUCCUGGCCCCGAAGGACGCUUACGUGGGGCGCCUCAUCUGCUUCUACUUGACCGGCUCCUAUCAGUCGAGCUUCGUUAUCUCUCUCUCGCUCAUUACGUCCAACACAGGAGGUCAAUCAAAGAAGAUGAUAGUUAGCGGAAUGAUUUGGUUUGGAGCCUGCUUAGGAAACAUCGCUGGCCCGUUCUUCUACAAGACCAACCAGGCGCCCAAGUACCAGCUGGGUAUCGGCUCUCUCCUCGUCGCGAACUGCCUGGAGUUUAUCCUGUUCUUCGUCCUCCGCUACGCGUUCAUCUAUGAGAACCGCAAGAAGCGUCUUGCUCGUGAGCGCGGUGAGGUCACGACUAUCGAUGCCUCGGAGACUGCCUUCUCCAACAUGACCGACAAGCAGAACCCCAACUUCGAGUACGUGUACUAA